UAACGAUUUCUGAUUGGCUCCCUUGGGGUAUAACCGGAAGUGUGAGAGAGAAAGAUAUAUAUAGCCGACCUAACCUGUCACCUGUCGAAAGAAAACAGCGUGCCUAAAUAAUCAACAUUGGACUAAACUGAUUGAAAGCACAUUAAGCAUACAACGAAAAAAAAAAGAAAAUAGCCUCGGUUGAUCGAUUAUAAAGUAAAAAUAUAUAAAAGUGUCAACACUUGUGCAAAUUAUAAGGUGAAUAAAAAAUGCCUAAUAGUUGCUGUGCCGGUUAUUGUACUAAUACAAAUAUAAAAGGAUAUCAGAUGUGUCAAUUUCCAAAAGAUUUGGAAAGAAAAAGAAUAUGGAUCCAGAAUAUGAAUCGUACAGAAUGGAUUCCAACUCCAGAUGCAAGAUUAUGUGAUGUCCAUUUUGUCCCUCAUAUGUGGAUGACGAGAAAAGAUGGCUCACACAGAUUAAAAUCUGAUGCAGUUCCAACAAUAUUCGGUGAGAAUUUGCCAACAUCUAUAACAAGGCAGAACACAAUGACCGAAGCUGCAGAGACUGAUAUGUUUGAAAAUGCUGCAAAUGAAAUGGAAGAAGAAAUGGAAAUCAAUGAAGAAGAUAUCACCGAAGAAGAAAAAAAUGAUGUAUUAGGCAUUCUGUCUAAUAGAACAGAAACUUCAGAUCCAUGUGUUUUACAACGUUUGGAGAAAUUGGAAAUGCUUUGGAAAAAAAGUGAACGCUUAAGACUGCAAAUGAAGAAAAAAUUACAACAGGCGAAAAAAAAAUCAAGAGGCUUCAAGCUGAAAUCAUACCAUCGUCUGAUAUACAUCCAACUAUUAAAGAAAUUGAAUUUCAUCCUUACACAUAGGAUAUGAGACACAACUAUAAUUAAAAUGACAAAUUUUGGCCUCGGGCAAUCAG